AUGGGGCGACGAGAGCUAUCUCGUGCCAAAUGCGGUUUAUCUUUGAUGCUGUUGCUCGGAGCGAGGGCUGGGCUUGAGAACUAUGUGGGCAGCCGUCUGUGGGGGCAGCGAGGCUUCUCACGGGCUGCAGCAGAAAACGUGAUUCAGACUGAUUUGGAACACGUCCUUCCGGUGGGCCCCGCUUGUCCGCUGCGCUCAGCGACCAUGGUCCGGGGGAACUUUGAGAAAGAGAUGGCGAUGGUCAUGAUGAUCGCUGCUGACAAAGCAGGUGACUUUGCCACUCUUGCCCAACAGAUCGCAGCAGGGGUGCGGCCUGAUCCACGACAGCAAAGAAAGGUGGGAAACGAUCUGAAGCUACAGGGAGAGCGGCUGAAGACACUCCUGGACAACAUGGAGACAUCGGCUGACUUCCAGGUGCUGGAGGCCUACUUUGUCAUGGAGUUGCAGGCCCAAGAAAGGGGGGCCCCUGGAGCACGUACGGUGGAGAAGAUGACAAGUUGGCAGGGCGCAGGCAUCUUAGCAGAGGCCGAGGGGAUGAUGGUACCGCCGCCCCCGGAAGGUGUGGAUCCUGUGGCGUUGUCGAGAUCAGCGCCCGCGGGUCCCGGCAUGGUGAGUCAGCCUCGGGCGCCCCGAGUGCUGCCGUUCACAGAAGAGAGCUUCACAGGAGUAGCUGGGACAGAGAUGCUGGAGGCGGAGUAUACAAAGCUGGUAGAUGAGCAUCGCGAGCUUGUGUCCUUCGGGGAGAAAUAUGCAGAGUUUGACCAAGCCGGAAAGGAGUUCUACCUUGACCGGAUGCUGGACAUCACGCAGCGCUGGUGGGAUGUCAUGAGCGAAGCCAGGAAGUUCGGGAUCAAACCGGUUCGCGCCUUCGAGGCUUACUCGCAGGAAUAUCUGAGCCAAUCGGGGCUUACUCCCCGAGGCUAUCGAGACUUGGUGGAUGGUGUGCAUGCAUACCUGCGGCAGGAGGCUGGUUGA